UUCCCCCAUCAAUAAUAAUACUCCCAUUCUUUUCUUCAAUUCCCCCUCUUCCUCUCACAAAUCACCAUAUAUACUCUCUUCAUUUUCCUAUCUAGCUUUUCAUACUUACAAUUUUGGAGCAUAUAUAUACAUAUUUAUGGAGCCAUCUGACGAUCAGCCCCGAACCUCCGACCUUGCGUCAUCUUCCGGCGAGGGAUCACGUUCCAGGACGCCGUCGGCUGCCGGACCGCCGGCGCAGUCUCCGGUUGGGUUCAUGGGCAAGCACCGGAUGGCCGCCGCCGUCGCCUCCCUCGAUCACCAAAUUCAAUUGAUCCAGGAAGAGCUGCAGCGACUGGAAACACUCGGGGAAUCUUCAAUUGUCUGCAAAGAGCUGGUCUCCAGUGUUGAAUCCGUUCCAGAUGCUCUUCUACCAGUGACCAAAGGUCCAAAAGAGGUUGGCUGGGAUAGGUGGUUCCAAGGAGCCAACGGAUCGAGGCGUCAAAAGAGAUGGAUUUAAUAUUUGGAUGAUACUUUAGAAUUUUUUAAAAUUUUUUUUAUAACAAGGAAAAUAUGUAGUUAUUAUCUGAGGAUUAAGAAUUUGUACUGGGUAAAUUAGAAUUUUUUUUAAAUAAGAUUUCAUGAGAACUGAAGAUAAACAAUUGCAAAACAUUAUUAUUUAUCUGCCACACACAAAUUUUCCACUUUAUCGAGAUUUUGUAUUACUAUACUAAAUAAUCUCAUCUUUAAUUUCACAUAAA